CUCGCAUGCGUUCGUACAUACUAUACUCCUUGGAUCAUUUCGCCUAUAAAUAUAAUCAACAUUGCGCGCAUUCAUUCAUUCAUUCCACCCUAUAUAUAUAUACAUAAUAAUAUAAGCUAAUCUAAGAGAAGGGUCUUUAAUUUGGAUCGAAACAAAUUAAUUAGGACAUUGGAUAAUGGCAACCACGCCGGGCUUCCUCACCGAUUGGCCGUGGACACCCCUCGGAACUUAUAAGUAUGUGGUGUUAGCUCCAUGGGUGGCACACAGCGUGUAUUCAUUUGUGAGGAGUGAGAGGAGUGAGAGAGACUACACAAACUUGUUGAUAUUUCCGUUCCUUCUCUUCCGCAUCCUUCACAACCAGCUUUGGAUCGCCUACUCCCGUUAUCGCACCGGAACCGGCAAGAACCGCAUCGUCGACAAGCCCAUCGACUUUGAUCAGGUUGAUCGGGAAAGUAACUGGGACGAUCAAAUAUUGUUGAACGGAAUAUUUUUUUAUGGGUUCAAUGCUGUAUUUUCAAUGGCUUCCCGGUUGCCGACGUGGCGGACGGACGGCGUAUUAAUGACCGUAAUCUUGCACGCCGGUCCGGUGGAGUUUCUUUAUUAUUGGCUACAUAGAGCUUUGCACCACCAUUUUCUCUACUCCCGUUACCACUCGCACCACCACUCUUCCAUCGUCACUGAGCCUAUUACUUCUGUAGUUCAUCCAUUUGGAGAGCACUUGGCAUAUUUUUUGUUAUUCGCAAUUCCGACACUGACAACGGUGUUCACCGGAACUGCCUCCAUUGUUGGAAUCUUCGGAUACAUCUUUUACAUUGACGUUAUGAACAAUUUGGGGCAUUGCAACUUUGAGCUCAUACCCAAAUGCCUCUUCUCCCUUUUCCCCCCUCUCAAGUACCUAAUGUAUACGCCCACGUAUCAUUCGUUGCACCACACCCAAUUUCGAACAAAUUAUUCACUCUUCAUGCCCUUCUACGAUUACAUGUAUGGGACAAUGGACAAGUCAACUGACACAUUGUAUGAAACAUCUCUCAAGAAAGGAGAGGACUCCCCCGAUGCGGUCCAUCUAACGCAUUUUACCACUCCAGAUUCUGUAUACUUUUUAAGAGUUGGGUUUGCUUCUUGGGCAUCCCUGCCCCAAACACAUAAGUGGUUCAUUUGGUUGAUAUCGCCUUUCACAUUUUGGACCAUGGCCGUUAACUGGAUCUAUGGUCAAACUUUCAUCCUAGAGAGAAAUGUUUUGGACAAAACCAGCUUACAGUCAUGGGUUAUACCAAAGUACAAUGUUCAGUACGUGCUUAAAUGGCAAUCACAAGCGAUCAACAACUUGAUUGAGGAAGCCAUACUAGCAGCAGAAGCAAAAGGUGCCAAAGUUUUGAGCUUGGGACUUCUCAACCAGAGUGAAGAACUUAACCGAAACGGCGAGAUUUAUAUCCAAAAGUAUCCUAAAAUGAAAAUUAAAUUGGUGGAUGGAAGUAGUUUGGCAACUGCAAUAGUGGUAAACACAAUCCCAAAGGAAACGACGGAAGUCCGACUUAGAGGCAGACUCACCAAAGUUUCCAUCUCGCUAGCUUUUGCGUUAAGUAAAAAAGGCAUCAAGGUUGUUAUUUCGUCUGAAAAUGAUUACGAGAAGCUUAAGCUGGCUGCCAAUUGCGGGAGUAAUUUUGCCAUGUCUAAGAGUUUCACGCAAAAGAUAUGGAUAGUUGGAGAAAGAUUAUCGAAAGAAGAACAAAAGAUGGCAAAUAAAGGAACAUUGUUCAUCCCAUAUUCCCAAAUCCCGCCUAAGAAACUGCGUCGAGACUGCCACUACCAUCACACCCCAGCAAUGUUGGCCCCACCAUCUCUCCACAACUUGCAUGCCUGUGAGAAUUGGCUGCCGAGGAGGGCAAUGAGCGCCGCGAGGGUGGGAGGGAUUGUGCAUUCCUUAGAAGGGUGGAAUGUGCACGAUUGCGGCGACAAAAUGCUAAUAAUGGAUAUUGACAAAGUUUGGCAAGCCGCCCUCAGUCACGGUUUCCGACCUCUGCCAUUCAAACACAUUGUGGGGGCUUGAUCCAUUCCUUUUUUUUUUUUACCGUGGCGUCCACUCUCUCUUUCUGCUUGCUUUUUAUUCCAUAUUAUGCUCAACUUUUUCAUUCCAUUCCAAACCUCUUAAAUUAUUAUUGUUACUACUACUAAUAUAUGCACACCAGUGUGACCGACACAAAAUCUACAUGUAAUGAAUUCUUGAUUAUAAAUGAUGUUAAUGUAAUCUUGAGUUGGCUUCUAUGUGGACCAUUAUAAAAUUCACAUGUCACCGAAUUAAUUUUACAUAAAUGUUCUUUCUA